GUUUUAAAGAGUAGCAUGCUGCUCAUCGUUGGAUGACAACCCCGCAUUCUCCGACGUCGAGACUCAUAAGGAGGCGCUCUCCUCCUGCUGCUGCUUCCUCCUCCGUCUCAAUUUCCUUUGUCAGCUCCUCCUCCGCCGUUUCUGCUGCUACCAUGCUCCACGAAUCCUCCACCACGCUCCUCGCCCGCCCCACUCUCAUCUUUGCCUUCCUCGCCUUCUCCGGCUUCCUCCUCUACGCAUCCACCGAUUCCCUCCGCUUCCGCCGUCUAUCCUCGUCUUUUCCUAGCAUUUUCCCUUCCACCGUCAAUGACAGUGUGGCUGUGUCUUUGGAGAAAGAGCGACCAAAACUUGAAAGAAUCUUGAAGGAAGCUGCCAUGCACAAUACCACUGUGAUUUUAACAACUUUGAACCAAGCAUGGUCCGCUCCGAAUUCUGUCAUAGACCUUUUCCUAAGGAGUUUUAGGCUUGGUAAUGGCACUGAGAGACUCUUGAACCACUUAGUCAUCAUUGCCUUGGAUCAAAAGGCAUUUGAACGCUGUCUUGUUGUGCAUAGGCAUUGCUUUGCUCUUGUCACUGAAGGAAUCGAUUUUCAUCAAGAAGCAUACUUUAUGACUCAAGCCUACUUGAAGAUGAUGUGGACAAGGAUUGAAUUUCUGCUGUUCGUCCUUGAAAUGGGAUAUGAUUUUGUUUUCACGGAUGCUGAUAUCAUGUGGUUCAGGGAUCCCUUUCCGCGUUUUUAUUUGGAUGCUGAUUUCCAGAUUGCAUGUGAUUCUUUUCGGGGCAACCCUGAUGAUAUGCGGAACAAGCCCAAUGGAGGAUUUAACUAUGUGAAGUCCAACAACCGGUCAAUAGAGUUUUACAAAUUUUGGUACUCUGCUCGUAAAACUUAUCCAGGUUAUCAUGAUCAAAACGUACUUAAUUUAAUCAAGUUUGAUCCUUUCAUCUCAAAAAUUGGAAUUAGGAUAAAAUUUUUAAAUACUGCUUUCUUUGGUGGGCUUUGUGAAGCUAGCAAAGACUUGAAUUUAGUUUGUACAAUGCAUGCAAAUUGUUGUCUUGGCUUGGAUAACAAGCUUAAUGACCUAAGACUUAUGCUUCAAGACUGGAGGGCUUUUAUUUCAUUACCACUAGAUCUGAAGAAUGAAUCGGUUAUAUCAUGGAGGGCUCCCCAGAAAUGCAGGAGAGAUGAUUUCCUUGAGGGGGAUUCUGAAAUGGAGGAUGAUGGAUCCAUCCCUACCAUAUUAAUUUCCGAGGAAGAGAAAAGAAGGAAAAGGUCUCCUUGGCUUACUUCUAUCAUCAUCAAAGCCAAAGCCCAACCCACAAAAGGAGAAGAUAAGAUUGAUUCGAAUAACAUCUCAACUAAUAUACUGUCAUACGUGGAAAGACAGCCAACCUUGGGAGAGUUGAGAGCCACAGUAAGAGUCAACCCAAUGUCAAGAACAAUCCGUCUGAGAGAUCAGCCUGCACCAAUACAGCACUGGAUAAUGGAUCCGAUAACAUUCACAAUGCUCAACCAUGUUUGGGACGUUUAUCUAGUCAAACAACGACAACAAAGUUCUGCGGAUGGAGGAGGCUCUUUCAAUGAUCCUGGGCAAAGACCCAACACCGAGGGAAGGCUGCUCCGUCAAAGAACUGGGAAAAUGCUGGCUCAAGCCGAUCUUGGUCAGGAGAGGAGUAGAUCCCACUCCAUUCCUUACAUCACCGAGGAAACAAGAGCAUCUAUACAUGCAUACUGAAUUUGUGCAUAGGUGAGAGAAUCAUUA